GCAGGUUAGCGGGCUGGCAGUGACUGACACCGGGGGCUCGAGGGACAGCGAGGAAGAGCCGGAGCCGCCCUCGCUGCGUCCUCCAGGCGGCGUGGACCAGGUGCCCGGGCGUUUGCGGCUGUCGGCGGAGCUCCGGGUGGCGCCCCCUCCCCCGGAUCUAGCUGCCUCCGGGAUUGGCGCAGGUGGGCAAGGCAGGGCACCGCAGGCUGCCCUGUUCCCACCGAGCGGUUUCUCUCCCUUUCUGCAAGCGGGAGGCGCCAUCCUAAAAAGAUGUAAAUAUCCGAGCGCUGACUCCUGGCUGGGGCACCAGCCAAAUCCCAGGGCCGCCGCAGGGUGUUUUACAUGAAAAUGAGAAGCCUGACAGGAUCCGUGCUCUAACUUAAGGCAGCUCGGUGUUUAGCAUGAGUCUGAGCGGCCUCCCGGCUUCCUGUCCCUCAAUAGCCAUUCUGCGCGCUCGCGACUGAGCAGCUGUGCCGCCGUGCGGGCGGCGAUCGGCAGGCUCCGCAUCCUUGGCAGCCAUGGCUCCCGUCUCCGCCGCGGCCAGUAAGUAGGAGCAUGCCUGUGUAGGGGGGCACAUGCGUGUCGGCGCGCGCGCGCGCACACGCACACACGCACGCACACUACCCUGAGCCUUGGAAGGAGGAAGAUCGACGAGGCGCUGCAGUCGCGAGGACUCUUCCUGGAUUCGGCAGGAGCCCGCCGCCGCAGCUGCUGACUGCAGAGCCUGCUCGGAUCCUGUGCACACGCGCCCCCCAUCCGAGCCUCUGUAAUGAAGACUGCCUCCCGAGGACUGCAGUGGAGGCAGAGCCAGCCCGCGCCCGGGACUGCGAGCCGCGCGGCUGAUAGGCCCAGGGGGACACGACUUGGACACUGUCAUCCCCACGCCUCGCUCUGAGCCGCCCGGUGCGGAGAGGGUCUUCCGCCGCCCCUCCGGCUUCCCGAGCGCCCGAUCCCGGGUCACCCCCGGAGGCCUGGGCUUCCUCAUUUGUUUGGGUCUUUUGUGCCGUGGCUCACAGUUGGCUAAGCACUCCUGCGCUGAAUCGGGCCAUUGUCUGCGCUCCCAUUGCUUUCACGCUGCAAGUCUCGGCGCCCUCACCCCGCCCGCCCCCUCCCCGCCUCCUCCUGGCCGGGGAGCCUCCUAACGUGCCUUUCCCCCCAGGAAUCUGGAAGCUAUAAGCCGGGCGGAUUGCAAAUGAAGUGUAAUGCAUUGUGGGACGUGUGUAAAAUCGGAGCCUUCGCCGUGGGGGGGUGUGGGGGCGUGGGGAGGGCCGGACCCGCCGCUGGCGGUGUAGACGCCGACGAGGAGGGGCUGGGAAAAUGCGCGCAGAGUCCGCCCGGGUCGUGCCCGCCGUAGACGGAUGAAGCCGCGCGCUGCGCCCCGGCGCUGAGGCCCCGAGGAUCGGGGCAGCGGGUCGCCCUCCCCACCAUGAAGAAGACCCGGAGCACAACCUUGCGGCGAGCCUGGCCUAGCUCGGAUUUCUCGGACCGGGCCUCGGACCGCAUGAGGUCCCGCAGCGAGAAGGACUACCGCCUGCACAAGCGCUUCCCCGCGGCCUUCGCGCCCCAGGCUUCGCGGGGCUACAUGACAUCAGGUGAUGUGUCACCAAUCAGUAUGUCUCCCAUCAGUCAAUCUCAGUUUAUCCCACUCGGGGAAAUCCUUUGCUUGGCCAUCUCCGCAAUGAACUCGGCAAGAAAACCUGUCACCCAAGAAGCACUGAUGGAGCACCUGACCACCUGUUUCCCAGGUGUUCCCACCCCAAGCCAAGAAAUUCUCCGGCAUACGCUGAACACGCUGGUCCGGGAGCGGAAGAUCUACCCGACUCCAGAUGGGUACUUCAUCGUAACCCCACAGACUUAUUUCAUAACUCCUUCCCUCAUAAGAACUAACAGUAAAUGGUACCACUUGGAUGAGAGGAUACCUGACAGGUCUCAGUGUACCUCUCCCCAGCCCGGGACCAUCACGCCCUCUGCCUCAGGCUGCGUCAGGGAAAGAACGUUGCCCAGGAACCACUGCGACUCUUGCCACUGCUGCAGGGAAGAUGUGCACGGCGUGCACACGGCCACCCUGCAGAGGAAGCCCGCCAAGGACUGCAAAGACCCGUACUGCCCUCCUUCCCUUUGCCAGGUGCCACCCACCGAAAAGAGCAAAAAUACUGUCAACUUUUCGUAUAAGACGGAAACUCUCUCCAAACCUAAAGAUAGUGAAAAGCAGUCCAAAAAAUUCGGGCUCAAGUUAUUCCGGCUCAGUUUUAAAAAAGACAAGACCAAACAGCUAGCCAAUUUUUCCGCCCAGUUUCCUCCCGAAGAGUGGCCCCUGCGAGAUGAGGACACGCCAACUACUAUCCCUCGGGAGGUGGAAAUGGAGAUCAUUAGGCGUAUUAACCCGGACUUGACCGUGGAAAAUGUCAUGAGGCACACUGCACUAAUGAAGAAACUUGAGGAAGAGAAAGCGCAUAGGAGUAAAGCCGGGUCCUCCGCCCAUCACAGCGGAAGAAGUAAAAAGAGUCGGACUCAUCGCAAGUCCCACGGAAAGUCUCGGUCGCACAGCAAGACACGAGUGUCCAAAGGAGACCCAUCAGAUGGCUCCCAUCUGGACAUCCCGGGUGAAAGAGAGUAUGACUUCUGCGAUCCUCUUACCAGGGCUCCCCGGGAAGGCUGCUUCAUCAUCGAACACAAAGGUGAUAACUUCAUCACGCAUAGCAAUGCGAACGUGACUGAGUCUCAUUUCCCCAUGACUCCAGAAUGGGACGUGUCUGGGGAGCUGGCCAAAAGGAGGACUGAGAUGCCUUUUCCUGAGCCUUCCAGGGGAAGCUCCCACUCAAAAGUGCACCGAAGCCACAGCCAUACCCAGGACCGAAGGUCCAGGAACGAGAGAUCCAACAAGGCCAAGGAGAGGUCCAGAUCCAUGGAUAACUCCAAAGGCCCCCCGGGUGCUUCUUCCCUGGGGAUGCCUGAAGACCUGGCUGAAGGCUGCAGCCAAGACGACCAGACCCCCAGCCAAGCCUACAUUGACGACGGUACUUUAAGGCCUGCACAGACUGUCAGUCAUCAAAGGGCUCACAUUUCGUCCACAAGCUACAAAGAGGUGUGUAUUCCAGAAAUAGUCAGUGGCAGCAAGGAACCUCCCAGUGCUUGCAGCCUCUUGGAGCCAACAGGCAAACUGCCCGAGAGUUUGCCAUCCUUUGGUGAACUCAACUCUUGUUCAACAAAAACAGCUGCAGAUGACUAUUUCCAGUGUAACACCUCCAGCGAGACGGUGCUCACGGCGCCGUCACCUCUGGGAAAGAACAAAGAGGAUCCUGACACUCUGACCCUGGCGGAAGGGGUGAAAAAGCUGCCUCUGUCGGACAGGCAGGCCCCACAUCCCUCCAGGGAGCCUGUAGGACACAAGGAGGAGUCGCCAAAGGGGCCAGGCGGGGGCCCAGCGGCUUCGGGCACUGUGGCCGAAGGCAUCGCCAAUGGACGCCUCAUCCAGCAUCACAGCGCCGAGCCCAGCAGCCUGGAUAAGAGGAAAGAGAUAUUCAGCAAAGACACACUGUUCAAACCUCUUCACAGCACCUUGUCUGUAAACAGCUAUCACAAACCAAGCCUGUCUGUCCUCAAAUCUCACCCGAAGACACCUGCGGACACACUGCCAGGCCGAUGUGAGAAACUGGAGCCGUCCCUAGGGACCUCGGCUGCACAAGCCAUGCCAGCUUCCCAGCGUCAGCAGGAGUCAGUGGGGAACCAGGAGGCCUCUUUUGACUAUUACAACGUCUCUGAUGAUGAUGAGUCUGAGGAAGGGGCAAACAAGAACACAGAGGAGGAGAAAAACAGAGACGAUGUGGGCACCAUGCAGUGGCUCCUGGAGAGGGAGAAGGAAAGAGACUUGCAGAGGAAAUUUGAGAAGAACCUCACCCUCCUUGCCCCAAAGGAAACCGACAGCAGCAGCAACCAGAGGGCCACCCAUUCAGCACGUCUGGACAGCAUGGACAGCAGCAGUAUCACGGUGGACAGUGGAUUCAACUCCCCACGCACUCGGGAGAGCCUGGCUUCCAACACAUCAAGCAUUGUUGAAAGUAACCGUCGUCAGAACCCUACCUGGAGCCCGGCCCACGGUGGAGCUGGCCCGACCUUCAAUUUCCGAACAAGUACGGACAGCCCCACAAAUGAAGCUGAGAAAUUACAGAAACCUUCCAGCUGCUUGCAAGCUUCUGUUACUAGCGUGUGAUGGUCAUUCUGCCUCAGAUCUCCUGUCUCAUUCGAUACAGCCAAGUUUAUGGCACUGGGACUGUUGUUUACAUCUUUGGGAAGACAAGCAUCUCAACGGCAGUUUUUGUGUUGGCUUAAACUGUGCUGCUAAGUAGGCUAGGGCAAAACACAACAACAACAAAAUCUGUAUUUCAGAGUAUGCUUUUCACAUUUAUGGCUCUGUAGCAACAAGAAUAGCAGUAGGGGUGAUAUGUAUACUUUGACUUCACUAAUUGUACCUGAGCACACAUAGGAAAGUCUUAGACACUGUCAGUGUAAUAUGCAUUUUCGAUGUCAUGCAGUUGCCAAGUCCAUUCUAAAAUGCCACAGAUGCGUGUUGCUCCCAGUCUGUGACCGAGUGGUGCCACAGAACACUGAUCCUUGACACUUCCAAAAACAAAAAACAAAACAAA